AUGAGCCAGCCAUCGGGAGGAGGAGGAUUCCGGGGGAAAAAACGAGGAACCUCCAACAAGCCACGGCUGAGAGACAUAGAGGUGCUAAUAAUAUCAGCACAAGACCUGAAGAACGUGAAGCACAUCACCAAGAUGAAGCCGUUCGCGGAGGUCUACGUGGAGAAGGGGCAGCACGUGGCGAGGACCCACGUGGACGAGCACGGGUGCACGAACCCCACGUGGAACGAGGUGGUGAAGGUGAAAUUCCACGAGGACCUACCGGAGAGCGACGUGCUGGCGGCGGUGAACGUGGACAUAUACGCGCACGGGCACGUGAGGGAGAAGCCCGUGGGGAGCGCCAGGGUGCUUCUCUGCGACGUCUUGAAAGGUGGGGACGCGUCGGAGCCAGCGGAUAAUCCGAUCCAGUGCAUGACGGUGCAGGUUUGGAGGCCCUCCGGUAGGCCACAGGGUUUGCUCAACUUGUGGGUCCCACCCACUGGGAGGUUCUUGCUGAGGAGGGAGUCUUUGUCUUUCAGUGUUAAGGACCCCGUGGAGGAUGAGGUUGAGGUGGAGAAGAACAACACAGCGGUGGCAGCGGCUACGGAGAAGCCCUGCAUGAUCGACACGUAG